AUGACGUUGGCCGAAGGGCGCCAUACAAAACCAGGGCUUGCUCUCACUCGGUCUCCAGGACCCUGCCGCGAGUCCCCUACUUCUGAGCAACCCGAGCUCAAGCCAGAGCCGCGAUGGUCAAAUGACCAAGAAUGCUGCGCAAAUGGUUCGUCGGGCUUCUCGCCUGGGGAGAAUAUGACGGUCUGUGAUAAAUUCAAUGCCACUAUGAACUCAGCUCAAAUAAGUCUGAUCGAGAGCUCAAAGAGGAAACUGCCGAUGCAAACGAGAUUUGCUCGGGAUGAAGGUGGCAUUGCUGAAAAUUUCGAAGCCGAAGCUGAGCAGAUACCUGUGCAAGCCGCCCGUGUUACUGCAGUCGACGUUCCCAGAUACCUUGAUACGCUACGUACAGAACUAGUUGAGAGGAGACAGACCUUGACAAGGGAUGGUUGUCAACCGCCAGAAGGCUUUAAGCACUAA